AUGAAAGCUCAGAAGGGGCAAGCUGAGGAGCCAGGUGAGAAGCUGCAGGUGCUUUCUCGGGCGGACAUGGUGCACUAUCUGGACGUCAACGACGCCUGGGGAGGGGCUGAGUGCGAGAGGUGCUUGGAGCGUGCAGUGUGCUACCUGGCCCAGUGCGAUGUGUACUUCGCCAACCUCCCCCUCCUGCGAGAUGAACUGCGCAAGGUGGAGCUGCCCUCCGUUCCCUUGGCGCUGGGACUUCCAAUAGGACUCCCAAGCGCAAUAGGAGGUCCAAGCACAAGAGGAGGCCCAAGGCCGGGCGGUGUCUUGCAAGCCAGGGCUGCUGUGGAGUUCUCCUCGAGGGUCACAGUGUUCGGGGGACAGGGAAAGGGGCAGCAGGAGGGUCCUGACGUGCAGUGGUGCUGCAAGUGUGAGAUGGCGCCGUUGCUUUGUGCGGAAGCCAUGGUCACACAGUGGAUGGCUGAGCCUCGUGUUCGAAAAGAGUCGCAGCAGGUGGCCUACCCAGCGAUCCUGGCGGAGCUGGGGGCGGGCAGGCAGGCGGAGGAGGAUUGCUUCGCGUCCAUGCUGGUGCAGGUGCUGGGGGUGAAGGAGAACGCUGAUCUGAAGGAAGGGUUUGGCGUUCUCAUGCAGAAUCUGCUGACAGGCGGGCUGGAGAAGGCGCACGCUGAGGAGAAGGGGAGGGGGGGAGCUGGUGGUGAAGCUCGAAAUUACAACUGGGAUGGUACCGAUCCACGCUACGGUGGAGAAUCUCACUCCGUAAGAGCCAACCACCCAGCCGGGCACGGACAGGGCCACGAGGAGGCCGUGGAGCUAGGGGAGCCGGUGGACGCGCUGAUGGACGUAGAGACGCAGCCAUACAGCGGUUCACCAGACCUCGGGACAGAAACUCCGGCGACGGAGGAGGACCUGAGAUCCUGUCGAGCUGUUGUUGGCAAGACAGCGUCGGAGUUCCGGGGAGGACUUCUAGCUCCUCGCGAGAACGUUCCUCAUCCGAGCAGUCCCACAACCCGCCUUGCGGGUGGUGCAGCGGGGCGGGAUAGUGCGCGUGUGGAGGGCGAGAAGCAAAAUGCUGGAGGAACGAUAGUCGACCGCGUUGCUCGGGAUGUCGAAAGGGCGCCACAGCAGGUGCAGAGGGACAAAGCGGAGGGUAAGGUGGUGGCGUUGCGCCCUACCGAUGUGGGCCUCGCCAACUCAGCCGACGUAGGUCGUCGCUUGCCAUAUGAGCCAACUUCACCCAAUGCUGCCUCAUUGCCGGGACCCACAGCCCCAACUAGCAAGCAUGGCCGUACAGCGUUUGUGCAGGACACGGAGACCAGGGCCACGCGUGGAGUCAACGGAGGGAUGCUGACGCACAAACAGGCCGAACACGCGGAGCAGAAAGGGGGGGCGGCAUCACUGGCUGGUCUUGGCCACACCAACAACACAGACCGCCACGCAACCAAGUGCAAAGAUGAGGAGACCGCGCAGGCCGAGACGGGAGUAUAUCAGCGGACAACGUCGAUGGGCCAUGACGGUGCCGCGCGUGCCAGUGCAGUGACAGGCACUGCACUCUUCAUCACAAGUGACUGCACCCCCGUGGACAUAAUCACAGGCACUGGAGGUACACAGCAGGCGGCUGGCGUGGCGCUGCAGGCAGCUGCAUUGCCAACGGUGCUUUGUGGAUCGCGAGCUGCCGCCAGACCGCCAAACUUCGAUACGGCCAUCACGUUUAUCGAUAUCGUGGAGCGGCUGAUGCCCAUACCUUCUGGUAUCCGCCGUGGCACAGGAACCCACUAUGAGAGGGAGGGUACCACUGUGCCCUUGCCGAUGCCAGCCAUGCCUCGCGUGCAUGCACGGGCAGCAGCUGUGACCAGGUUGCCGACUUUCGACACCGCCAUCAAGUUUAUCGAUGUUGUCGAGCGACUUAUGCCAGCGCAUAGUGUCAAGCGCCCACGCACGGACCUAGAUGCGCCGUAG